ACAUGCGGCAUCAUUUUUCUGGUACAAAACGGCACGUAACAUUAGGUACGUACAUCAUUAUGGUUGUUAAAAUAGAUGUUCGUCGUGGACGACACGACGACAUAGUGGAUGGAAACAUUCGUACCGGUAGUACUUGCAGUGUCAUAUCGACCAUGGGGCUUUGGAACAUAAAGUACUGAACGAUGAGAUUUGCCGUAGCAGCGUCGGUGUUGUCAACCACUAUCACUAACUGUGCGGCAUCACUGUCGUCUACAAAAGGCUCUUCCUCUUCCACAGCGCAUCCGUUCGAGCCUCCGUUCGAARCAGGAGAGGGCAGCAGCAACGACGGCYACGGCCACGGCAACGAGAACAGCAACAAUGGCGUUUACGGUCCAUCGGAAGAAUCCGGCAGUCUCGGGAGGCAUUCGAGCCCUCCCUCMCAUAGGAGYCUAACAAACACGGGCGUUGGGGAUGGGAACGACCCAACCGAUACGCAAACUACUGACGCGGGCAUCGACAUCGGAAUUCUGUCCUUCCGAAAACUACAGCCGGCUGCAACAGACGAGACAUCCAACGCGCCAGACUCUCCGGCGUUUGAUCUGUUUCGAAUCGUCGACGACGACAAGACAAAUUUCGGAUUCCUMUGCAACCCGGCCGAGGAUGGCAAUCCGGAAUCCAUCUACGAUUGUAGCACUUGCGAACGAAUCGGUGACACAAGUGCCCCCGGAACGGGAACGGUCGGGUCCUUCGACUGCCGGACACCAGUUCCAUCGUCUUCUUCUGCGGGCAACUGCUACGAAAUARACAGCCGGUGUCCGAACAACGUCAUGACGGUUUGCCGCUAUGAUACACUCCAGCGAAUCCUGUACGGUGAAACAGRUACAGAUACAGAUUCAGUGUCUGUUUCAGCCACUGGAGAAUCGUCGACGUCGACAUCGACAUCGACGUCAUCGUACUCCAGCGAACGGUGUCGUAGGAUAGAGGCAACCCUGACCAAAACCGAUCGACCGGUUUCCGACGAGGAGGAGUCCUCUUGGGAAUUCUCGUACUGCAUGCGCUACAACAUAGGGGAGAACGGAUACAGCUGCGAAAUGGAGGCCGACGGCGUGGUGUGUUCCUCGUGUCGGCUGGAAACCCUGGACGCGAUGGACGAGAACGGGCUUCCGAGGCGUGAGUUUUGCGCCACCUUUGACUGCGGAAACACGGUGCUCGGAUACUCCGGCCGGUUCUGCARGGUCCCGAGCCUCUCGCGGACCGCCCUGGACUACUUUGUGUACAGGUCCCUGCCGUGCGACGGGGGCUGCAACCUGUGCGGGUCGUUCGGCGACGCCGAAGCGUCGGGGGGACCCACCAUGGCCAUGAUGGAGUUCCGGGGGUCCUCCUUUGCGACGCCCGGGCCCGGGUCCGCCCGGAAGAACUGCUUCGGGGCCCAGUGGGAGGCCCUGGUGGGGCCCACGGAGGAUUCCUACUGCGAGGCAGCCGUCCCUCUGGUGCGGGAGUCCUGCSGGUGCACGCCGAGGACGAUCCUUCGUCCCGGGUCGGCGGCCUCUUCCGCGGAAGCGGGCCCGUGGCUCGGUGGGUGGGCGGCGGCGGCGGUGGGCGGGGGACUGGUCGUGCUCGGGUGUACCUAAGACAAGACGGCAGGUAGGCAGGAGCWCAGUACGGUACCGUACAGCAGCAUUCCCGGCCGAACGGUGCCGCUCGCUUGGAACCAAACACAACACAACACUCGAGAGCCCAAGUAUCACUACUAGUAGUGCUAGUGAAAGUGCUAGUGAUAGUAAUAGUAACAUCAUGAUAGCAUGACUAGUAGUACUAAUGCUAGUACUUAUUUCUAGYAAGCAGCUCUAGUUCGAGACUUCUUUGUGCUACUUCAAGCAAUACGAUAUUCCUUCCAUUGCCAUCAAUCCAUUCGUACUCCUGCUAUUGGUCUCGAAGGAGAAAUUCUGGAGAUUCGUCGUCGUUCUCCGGGGGACGGGACCGAAACAAAUUUGGUCGAGGCCCCGGGAUCAAUCAUCAUCAAUCCCGGAGUGGUUGCCAGCGAAAGGCACGACAUACACACACUCCGAUCCUGCUUUUGAUGGCGUGCGUUUCGACUGUAUCAAGUUUUGCAGUCAUGAUAGUUUGCAGUGUACCUUAGAGUACGUACGUACCGUACUGGCAGUCGGUACGUAGAUUCCAUCGAUACACGACUGGCCAACCUUUGUUUUUGGUCGAGAAAGGAAAUAAUCGUUGCUUAAAAACAAAAACAAAACUCUCUGGCGGAAUCUUGCACGAUGAGCAAGUCAGCGGAGUUUCGAAGACGCCUUUUUCAAAACUGCGAGGAACACAACAUACGGUAGUGUACCUGUCACAGGACUACAAGAACCAKCACGAGAACCAGAACCAUAUGGAGCGAUAGAGAGAAUCCAUCAGACCCAUCCAUCGCAGUGGAGCACGGAAGCAGCGGAUUGUUUUGGUCCAACCGCGGAAAACUCGGAGCGCACGGUACCGUACGUACUGUAUAGAGGACAACGCAACAACGCGAGAACGCAACAACGCAAAAACGCGACAUCGCAACAACGCGACAKUCAACAACACACUCGAACACCUCGAGUCGGACCGGACGGCAUUGCACGGGCUCUCGUCUCUGAACAAUGGUGGCCAACCCCUCCAAACGUCGCACAAAAAGACGCGGAAAGGCCCGUUUCCGGAGCCUCUCGCCAGGGUUCCUGGCGGCGGCGCUGGUGGUUUCGUUUGCGCUUGCCCUCUUUGGGAGCCACGACCACUGCCACCAGAGCACAAAGCCGAGGCCGAACGGCCUGCUGGUGGCMGCCAGCAUCGCGAUUGCCCCCCGGCACUGCCACGGGAGCGUCCGGCACCUGCACCUGGCGGUGGCCAACGAYCCGUCGCCCUCUCGCUCCAUGACGGUCUCCUUUGCCAGCACCUGGGCCUUUCCGGACCGGGUGGCUCCGGUGGCGGGGGUCUUUGUGGGGACCAGGGCGCCCCCGGGCGGGAGCAAUAGCAAUAUCAAUAGCAAUAGCGAGGCACGCAACGACCCGCACUACUACGCCGACUUUCUGGAGAGCAGCCGGUUCUACCCGGAGCACGAGGAGCCGGCCACCUACACGAUCUACAUGAAGCACAAACACCCCGAGGAGGGACUGUACCACGCGCCCUACCAGCACCACAUCACCGUCGGGGGGCUGGAGCCCGACACCACCUACUACUACCUGCCGGUCCUGGGGGAUCGGGAGAAGGGGAUCGGGUCCCUGGAGGAGCACGCCCGCAGGCACUUUGCGGGGUCCUCCGCCGUUUCCGGCCAAGGCGAGGUGCAGCAGCAGCAGCAACAACAACAACAACAACAAAAACAACAACAACAACAAGGAAAUCCCCUGGCCGUGGACAUCGAAACGGAAACCAAGCUCACAAAGGCACAGCAGGAACUCAUCGAGGAGCAAGUCGAAGCCGAAGCCGAAGCGGAAUACGGUCCCGACCCUAGCGGCGAUGGCGACCACCACCACCACAAGAGCAUUCGCUACCUCUCGAAAUCCCCGGGGCAGCAGCACUUUGAAUACGACGAGGCCUACCUGGCACGCGACUACGACGCCAACUCGGAAAUCGUCGACSUAGACCCSUCGCAGCCCCUGUGGGACGCCAACGGCCGGCGCCUCAGCCCUCCCCCCUACGACCCCACGGGCAUUGCCUGCAUCGACGCCGGAAAGAUCCGGAGGUUCCGGACGGCGCCCGAGGAAGGCAACAAGGACUCGCUCUACCCCACGACCUUUGGGGUCAUUGGAGACAUUGGGCAGUUCGAGCACUCCCAGCAGGUCCUCAACCACAUCCGGGACCACCUCCAGGGGAUCCGGGCCGUGGUGCUGGUGGGGGACAUUGCCUAUCCCGACUACGACGGCCGGAAGUGGGACACCUUUUUCGACUUUUUGGACGACCAGAGCAACUUUGACGAGGUACCCCUCAUGGUCGCCGCGGGGAACCACGGUGCGUAGCGUUUUCGCUCGUUGUGCCGUGUCGCGUCGCGUGGCGUCGUGUGGCGUUUUGGAUCGUGCUGCGUUGCGUUGCGUUGCAUCCCAUUGCAUUGCGUUGCGUUGCGAUCCAAUGAACGGUCUUCCCUUUUCUCACCACUCUUUUUUGUGUUUUCUUGUCCGCUCCSCAGACAUUGACAAGCAAUACAGCGGAAACGAGAUCUUUCUGGGAUACGAGCACCGGUUCCGGAUGCCCCGGGUGCAUCCCCCGGAACUCGGAGUGUUUGACGGCGACUGCGAGGACGGAGCAAUGAACAUGGACGCUCCUCCCUAUCCCCUGCCCUACGAAUGGGGGAAUUCCUACUAUGCGUUCACCUACGGACCGGCCCGGCACGUYGUUGUCAACGCCUACGCGGACAUGUCCCCCGGAUCGACCCAGUACGAAUGGCUCGAGAAGGAACUCGGUUCGAUCGACCGGGAGGCGACGCCGUGGGUCUUUUUGACGAUGCACCCCCCGAUCUACAACACCUUUUCCCUCCACCACAAGGACCCGCAGAUCUUUGCCGCCAGGGAACACCUGGAGCCGCUCUUUGUCGAGCACCACGUCAACCUCGUCCUGACGGGGCACAUCCACGCCUACCAAAGGACUGCCUACGUCGCCUUUGGAAACCUCACGGACACGGGCCCGAUGCACGUCACGGUCGGCGCCGGCGGCCGCAAGGCCGACGCSCCCUUUUCCAGCAGGGAGCCGGAGGAGUGGCUGGAGGUCCGGGACGCCUCCAUGUACGGGUACGGCCGUCUCACCGUCCGCAACGAGACCCACGCCGACUGGAGGUGGAUCCCGAUCGCCCCGUCGGAUCUCCACGACUACAACCRRGUCCGGGGGGAGGACGACCUGCACCUGCCGUCCCUGGACCACGACCGGGAGGUCAUUGUCAACCAGUACUACAGGCACCUCGAAGGGACGGGCUGAGGGAGGGGGAAACGCACACGCAGGCCGGCGAGCGGCGCAGAGGACGCCACACGAAUGCCCUGCUGCUCCCGCCAUCGCAGCUGCAGCUGCACGUGCGAUAGAUGGGGUACGCAGUGUUUGUACCC